UGACUCUGAUGAUUAUUCAGAUUAUGAGUCUGAUGAUGACGUCUCAUUGACGCCGUCGGCGGUUGAACAGCUCCGUGAAAGUGGUAUGAAUACAUUUCGUUUGAGUUGCUAUCAUUAUAUUAUUUAACCUUUGCUUACACCCAAUUAGAUAAAACACUGACAUACCCUCCAAAUCCAAAGGAUGUAGUCAGGCAAACCCCGGGAGGGCCUAUGACUUCUCUGUAUGACACUCGCUACUUUAUACCGCAGUGGGACGAACAAAUGUUAGGCCUGCCAUGGAGAGAGGAACGAAUCAAGUGGGAUUUCGAUAAUCCGCCCAAGCCUCUCCCAUUGACGGACCCUAUGAUGCAAGGCGCAUUCAAGUAUUGCGAACACUGCCAGUUGACUUGGCUCGUUGGACAUGACAAGCUGGAAGGCCAUCACCAUCCACAUCACCUCGCUUGGGACAUGGGAGAUUAUGGAUUAGACGCCCAUAGAUAUGGUUUGCCUAUGGAAUCAUCUCUCGUAAUUUUCGUCCACGGCGCCAGCAUUGCGCCAGGUAAACCAUCCAAGAGUCCGGUGGGAAAUUUGGCAGGUGUGGGGAUCUUCUUUGGCGAAGGUUCCAAGUACAAUCAAGCACUACCUUGCGGGGGUAUAACAAGUCCCCAGGACGCCGAAAUGGCCGAGCUUACUGCAGUCGACUAUGCCCUUGCGAUAAUGAAGACCUUCAUUCUCGAUGACCGCAAGGAAUUGUUGCUAGAAUUUGGGGAAGAGAAACGCGAAGCUAAACUCGAUGCGAAAAUAGAAAAAAAGAUAGCCAAGCUCGAGGCGAGGAGCUUAUCCAGGACCUUGCAGUCGGAUAUUUCUGCUCGCGCCGGACAAGUAGAUAUCCUUGACGACGACGACCUGGAAGAUGAUGAAAGCGACGAGGAGGAAGAUGCACUCGAGAAGUUGCCUUUCCGAGUCAUCAUUGUCUCGGACAAAAUCCAAGUUGUCGACAAUGUUUGCAAACACUACAAGGCAUGGACGGAGGAAGAUGGGAAGCUCGUUUCGAAAAAGGGCAAACCUAUCCAACACGGUGAAUUGUACCAAAAUAUGAUAUUCGACCAGAUGGAGGAGGAUUUUGACGUGUUCAUGAAGUGGUAUCACGUUCCCAAAGACCAGAACGGAGGAGCCGUGGAAUUGGCAAAGGACGCUCUUGAAGGGAAGUUUGUUGGAUUUGGAGUUGAAUGGGGAUUCGAAGCGCCGAAAGAUUAGGCACCUAGAUGAAUAGGCCAUCUUCGUUUGAAGCUACAAACCGCGGAAGGGGUUAGUGUGAUGCUACAUCGCCCAUCAGUUACUGUCAGAUAAGCGCCAACAAAUGUAUGAAAGGAGACUUGUGGGGGGUCAGGCAGCGUCAUUGCCAACAUUGUAUUCGUAGAAAUUGAUGUGACCAU